AUGGCUUUGGCUCAGCUUUUAAGUAGAACAUUGAUUUUGUCAUUGAUUUUGAUCAUAGCCGAAGCCACUCGUCGUCUUUAUUUUCAUUCCCUAGCUCAUAUUCCAGGACCCAAACUUGCAGCACUUACCUGGUGGUAUGAAUUCUACUUUGAUGUUAUUCAGCCAGGACAAUACGUCUCUAAGAUACAAGAACUCCAUAAGCAAUAUGGACCUAUCAUUCGAAUCACUCCAGAUGAACUUCAUAUACAGGAUGCUGGCUUUCUAGAUACCAUUUACGCUCCAUCAGCCUCACCCAGAGACAAGUAUGAAUAUCAACUACGAACCCUUAGAAUUCCAGGAGGUGUGGGAACGACAGCUCGUUACGACCUUCACCGAAAGCGACGCGCUGCAUUGAGCCCCUUUUUCAGCAAACGAAAUGUUCUACACCUUGAACCGUUGAUCAACGAGAAGAUGGAACAACUUUGUCAAAUGAUUGAAAAGCAUUUCAAAGAAGAAACGCCCGCUAAUUUAUCAGAUCUAUUCUUUGCUUUCUCCAAUGAUGUCGUCACGAACUUUUUAUUCGCCCAUCAAGUUGAUGUUCUAUCAGAUGAGGCCCAAGCUGCUGUGCUUCGCCAUAAUAGCUAUCAGCUUCUGAUGGGAAUCAAUAUAAAUAAGCAUCUACCUUGGAUUCCGGAUUUUUUAGAAUCCCUCCCAUUAUCAAUAAGCAAACCAAUCAUGCCACCGGGUUUAUUAGAUAUGCAUGCACUUUUUGAUAGAGUCCGCAAUGAGUUGACCAGUAUUAUGAGCGCGAAGUCAUCUGGGGUCAGCAGUGAGAAAGUUUUGGGUCCAACGGAGAAAGAGUCUGUGUUCGCCUCAGUACUUGACAGUAAUAUUUUACCGCCAUCAGAAAAGACUUUGCUUCGUCUUCAACAGGAGGGAUCACUCUCAGUCUUAGCCGGUACAGAAUCACCUGCUCAAACGCUCAAAAUAAUCUUUUAUCAUCUGCUCAAAAAUCCAACCAGAAUCACGAAGCUUCGGACUGAACUUGAUACGGCUCCAACUCCAACUUCCUGGGCAACACUUGAGCACCUCCCAUAUCUAUCAGCGGUUAUUGAAGAAGGAAAUCGUCUAUCUUUCGGUGUCACAGCUAGAACGGCUCGUAUCGCAAAUGAGCAAUUGAUGUAUACUCCUUCCAAAUAUGUGAAAUCGACGAUAAGCAAAGGCAAAUCUUACAAGAUUCCUGCAGGCACACCUAUUAGUAUAACAACUUUGAGCGCCCACACAACCGAGACCGUUUUCCCAAAUCCUUUUGUGUUUAAUCCGGAGCGCUGGCUGGGUGAUGAGGGCCGCGAACGUCGCAAGUAUCAAAUGGCAUUCGGCAAAGGUGGUCGUAUCUGCAUAGGCAUCGAACUUGCUCGCGCAGAACUAUACCUUGUCACAGCUGCUCUGGUCACCAGGUUUGAUAUGAAGCUGUUUGAGACAGACGAUAGUGACGUGGCUUUCAUGUACGACUACCAAGUCACAAUGCCCAAGUUAAAUUCGAAAGGGCUUCGAGUUAUGGCAAAAGCCCUGGCAUGA